GUAGUUCCAACAUCUACCCCAAGUGUGGGAUGGUUGGAAUUUCGCACUUAACUCCGUGAGAUAUGAAAUCCAUCACCAAAACAAAAUGGAGUUCUACUCGUUUACCUGCAUUUGAAACCAUACAUAAUGUCACUGGACAAAUCAUGUCAAAUAUCGGCGAUGGCGGAAUUCCAGCAAGCCAUGGGUGACAUUCUGCCGUAUUCCCCCAUAAUCUGCCAUCCGGCCAUCAGUAUUUGUCAAAUAUGGCCUGUUUUUGCCUUCCCGCGACCGCCAUUGACAACACUGAUUAGUUGUCAAUUUUCUUUUUCCAUUAUGAGUUCAGAUGUUAAGCACUUUUAAAUUUUCAUCACAUAGAACAUGCUUUCACAAACUUUCUCUGAUUUGUAUCCUCAAAUUGUAUUAAUUCGUUAAGUAUGGAAACUUGUACCUGUGUGACACUGUGAAGUGAGUAAAAGCUUAAAUUUAGUUUCUGAAAAUCUUUUGUUGCUUGAUGUUUUAGGAUUUGUAUAUAAGAUGUCAUCUGAAGUUUUGUUGGAAAGGAAAAACAAUGUUGUCACCAAUGGAGAAUUGCAAAGUUCAAAAUUGUCUUCGUAUGAAACUGCCAUGGAAAAACUUUCAUCUCUUAUUACUCGUCAAAGGCGUGGGGAGAAGCCACCAGUUCCUAACAAGUUAGAAAGGAUGUCGACGUAUCUUCAGAUACUAGGUUUGGAAGAAGAUAUAAAUAGGCUCAACAUUAUUCAUGUGGCAGGCACAAAGGGGAAGGGUUCAACAUGCAUAUUCUGUGAGGCAAUAUUAAGGGAGUGUGGCUUUCGCACUGGAGUUUUCACAUCCCCUCACCUAAUUGACGUGCGUGAACGGUUUCGUAUAGAUGGGAUUGACAUAUCAGAAGAUAAAUUUUUGCAGCAUUUCUGGGAUUGUUGGAAGAAACUGGAGGAAAAAGCAACAGAGCAGCUUCCAAUGCCUCCAUUGUUUCAGUUUCUUACUAUAUUGGCCUUCAAAAUAUUUAUAUCUGAACAGGUUGAUGCGGCCAUUAUAGAAGUUGGUCUUGGAGGCAAAGAAGAUUCAACAAAUGUGAUUAAAGAACCUACUGUGUGCGGCAUUACUUCUUUGGGGAUGGAUCAUACUGAGAUAUUAGGAGAUACUCUUGGACAAAUAGCUUCACACAAGGCAGGAAUUUUUAAGCCUAAUGUUCCUGCCUUCACAGUACCCCAACCUCCUGAAGCAAUGGAUGUUAUCCUUGAAAGGGCCAAAGAACUCAUGGUUCCACUAGAAGUGACUGAACCUUUUGAUUUUACACAAUUGAAGGGAUUAAAGCUUCAUUUGUCCGGUGAUCACCAAUUCUAUAAUGCUGCUCUUUCAGUCUCCCUUUCUAGAUGCUGGCUUCAGAGAACAGGAAACUGGGAAAAAAAGUUUCCAAAUGAUUUUCAGGAUUCUAAUUUGCCAGAUGAAUUUAUUAGAGGCCUUUCAACUGCCCAUUUUUCUGGGAGGGCUCAGAUUGUUUAUGACUCUUCUCCAAGUUCUGACUGCUCAGAAGUUGUUUCUGAAAAUUGUGGUGGCGAGUUGAUAUUUUAUUUGGAUGGAGCUCACAGUCCCGAGAGCAUGGAGGCUUGUGGAAAGUGGUUCUCUAAUGUCGUUAGAGGGUAUAAGAUUCCAUCACAUUCGUCUGUUGGUGUAGAAAAUAAUACUGUUGGAUCUUCAGAAAAUGGUCACAUCCUCCAUGAAAGGAAGACCUUCGGGCAGUUUGACAAUUCUUUUAGGCGGAUUCUUCUAUUCAAUUGCUUAGAUGUGAGAGAUCCUUGCAUUUUGCUUCCGCGGCUAGUGAACAUCUGUGCUUCUUCAGGUAUUCAUUUCUCAAGAGCACUUUUUGUCCCGAGUAUGUCAAAAUAUACUAAGGUUACUUCUGGUGCGUCAGUCAUCCCCUCUGAUCUCGGGGGCAUAGACCUAUCGUGGCAAUUCAACCUGCAAAGAGUUUGGGAGAAGAUUAUGCACGGGAAAGCAGUUACCCCUUCACUUGAAAACGAUUUCAAGAUAAGUAGCAAGGAAACCUUACCACCUCAUGAAUUUCUUUAUGAUAACGUUUCAAAUGGCUUCCCUUCCCAUAACUAUUCUGCACGCAGUGCAGUAAUACCUUCGUUGCCAUUAACAAUAAGAUGGUUAAGAGACUGUGUCAAAGAACACCCAUCCAUAAGACUUCAGGUACUUGUCACUGGAUCUCUGCAUCUAGUUGGAGAUGUCCUAAAGCUCUUGAAAAGAUGAUUUAAAUUGAAGAAUAAAAGGGUCUACCUGAAUAGGCUUGAGCGUACCACAAGUUCUUGUGAUUGCUCGAUGGCGUGCAUAUGUUUCUUUUUAAAUAUAAGAAGUUAAUUUUGGUCAAUGACUAAACAAUUUAAUUAAGUGUUUAUUCCAUAAGCAUUUAUUAUAAAAAAAAUUUCAAGCAA